AUGGGGGGUCACGCAGAGUAUAUAGACGGCUUCGGUCGCCUAACUCUCUCACAGGCUGUCUACAUAGCUCAGAAUAGCGAAGGCGGUGUCGACCAACGACUUGCAAAUCACCUUGAACGAAAAUUGUCCGAAGUGUGGCGAAAACUGCAAGCACAGCCCAACUCAUACGUCUUCCCAGACGACGAAUUCGCGCUCUUCAACUACUACAAAUCACGGUUCGAGGACUCGGACGUCGUCAGAAACGCAACAAAACGGUACUGGGACAACCGCGGAAGAAGUUGA